UCGUCUUAAACAUCAGUCUUCUUCGAGAAGCUUUACUGAGUUAAGUUCCGAGGCGAGAGAGAGACUCAUGAAUCUUCUUCACUCACUGAACUGAAUAUUAUACAGUUAGGGUUUCAAAAUCCCCGCCAAUUUUCUCACCUUCUUGAUUCGGAGCGCCAAUGGCGUCUACGGUGGCUGAACAAGACGAGAGGAAAAUUGCAUCGGUGACAUCCAACCCGAUCCCGGAUAUUAAAACGGCUACUGCAUCGCGGAUCAACAGCCAAAGUGACGCUUCUCCAUCUCCCUCCCUCAACUCCAAGGAUUUCAUCGUCUCCGCUGCUGCUAAAAUCGCCUCUCAGCCGUUGCAGAACUACGAAUUCAACGUCUGGGGGGUCCUCACCGCAAUUUCAAGCAGUGCUCGCAAACGCCGGCAGGGCAUAAAUAUACUCUUGACUUCUGAUGAGCAUUGCUUAGGACGGCUACCACGUCACGCCGGUUAUCAGAUAGAAUCAGCUGCAAUUAGUGGGAACCAUUGUAAGAUAUACCGUAAGCAGGUAGCAGGCGGUGAUGGGGAUAAUACUUCUAGCUCUGAUGUAUCUGUCUUUGUGGAAGACACAAGCACAAAUGGUACGUUUCUCAACUGGGAGAGGUUAAACAAGAACGGCCCUGCACUCAGGGUUCAGCAUGGUGACAUCAUAUCGCUUGCUGUUCCUCCAGAGCAUGAAAAGGCCUUUGCAUUUGUAUACCGUGAAAUACUUGGUAAUAAUGCUGCACUUUCCUGCAUGGAUAGAAAAAGAAAAGCAGAGGAUGUUACUUGUGAAAUUAAGCGGCAGAAGGGUCUAGGAAUUGGUGGUCCCAAUGGUCCAAUAUCUCUGGAUGAUUUUAAGAGCCUUCAGCGUUCGAACACAGAACUUAGGAAGCAAUUGGAAGCACAGGUGCUUACCAUUGACACUCUGCGAAAUGAGUCCCGCUCAAUCGUGGAGCACCAUGAAAAUGAAAUAAAACAGAAUAAAGAAUCCAUCGCAAAAUCAUUUCAUAAUGAACUGACUGAGCUGCGUGAUCUGUUAGAUGCUAAGCAGAAGGAACUGGCGCAGGUUAACAAAUUAUCAGCUGAACAAAAGAAUUCCAUAGAUGAACUUGGUGAGAGAGUAAGCGCUUCCGUGCAAUCUCUCGGUGAAGCAAAUGAAAUAAUUAAAAGUCAAAAGGCUUCUAUUGCUGAACUGAAGACAGGGUUGGAUGAAGAAAGAAAACAAAGAAGAGAGGACAGCGAAACUGCCAUUGCCGAACUCAAAGCUGCGAUACAUAGAUGCCAAAUUGAAGCUCAGGACGAACUGAAAAGAUUUUCUGAUGCUGCUAUGAGACACGAGAGGGAACAACAAGAAGUAAUUAACAAAAUGAAGGAUUCAGAGAAGGAAAGGUCAAUGCAAGUGGAAACUUUGAUGUCAAAAUUGGAAGAUACGAGGCAGAAGUUGGUCUGCUCUGACAAUAGAAACCGUCAGCUAGAAGCUCAAGUUUCGGAGGAGCAGCUCGCUUCUGCUAGUGCACAAAAAAAAAUGGAAGAACUUGACCUUGAAAUAAAAAAACUCCAAAAGGAUCUGGACAGUGAAAAGCAGGCAGCUCGAGAAGAAGCAUGGGCGAAAGUGUCUGCUUUGGAACUAGAGAUAAGUGCCACUGUUCGAGACCUUGACUUCGAAAGACAAAGACACCGUGGGGCAAGGGAAAGAAUCAUGCUCCGUGAAACUCAGAUGCGGGCAUUUUAUUCUACGACUGAGGAGAUCUCAGCUCUCUUUGCAAAGCAGCAGGAACAGCUCAAGACUAUGCAGAGAACUCUGGAAGAUGAGGAUAAUUGUGACAAUACUUCACUAGAUAUUGAUCUUAAUCCAAUAAACAGAAGUCCCAACAGAGCUAAUUCUCAGGAAGAUAGAAGAGAAACUUACCAUUCAAAUUGUGCUGCCAGGGAAAGCUCGUCCACUUCAGGGCUAAGGUCUACCAGAAAUGAAGUUUUGGAUACGUCUUGUGAAGAUGCAGAUGCUACUCAGAAGCAUGAUUGUGAAAUCAUGAGUCAGGAAGGCCAAAACACCCAAGAAGCAGAGUAUACUAGCUCUGAAAAAGUCGUGAAGGGUGGCUUUGGCUCAGAUAUAGAAGGUGUUGGUACAGCACCCACUUUGGGAACAGACCCUGUAGGAACAGAGCAAGUUAAUGAAACUCAAAGUCCAGGAAAUGCUUCUGAGAGAAACGAUCAUCUGAGGAAGUCGAUCAUUUUAGCCAGUGAUACAAUGCAAAUAGAUUGUGAAACUCAAAUGCAUGAAAGUGUUCAGAAUGAUGGAGCUCUUCUCUUGUUAAGGAACCAAAACGAGCAAAGGGAUACCCAAGACACAGAGGGCGUAGGCACUAUAAGGACGUCAGAUCUUCUAGCUUCUGAAGUUGCUGGGAGUUGGGCUUAUGGCACAGCUCCUUCUGUACGUGGAGAAAACGAAACCGGAAAAAGUAGAGAGGAUGAAGAGAGUCAGACUCAAAGAAUCAAGGAAGUGACUAUAGUACAUGAUUCUGCCAGUCAGGUAGACGAAAGUCAAACUAAACCUACAAGUUCAGGGAUCAUAGUCUCUAGGGAGGAUGAAGCUGAACGUGGAGUUAUUCAAGAGCCAAUGGGGAUCACUGAUCAAGGGAAAAUAAAACAUGCUACUGGUUCGGACUCUGAGACAGAGAGUUGUUCUGAAUCUGAUGAUGAUCAUGAGAACCAAAAACAAAGUCCUGUCUCUGACUCUGAUACAGAGGGUUCCGAUAUGAAUGAUGAUACGGGAUCAAACUCUUCGGAGGCUGAUUCAAAAGGAAGCCAUGAAGCGGACCCAAUGGACGAAGACGAUAAAGCUACGUAGCAAGAUUCCCUUUCCAAUAUCUUAUUAUCAGUAACAUAUUCAUGAACUUGCACUCUAGCCAAAAUCCUUCUUGUUUUGUUUUCCUAGAGACUGGGCUUAUUUUUCCGUUUGAUUAGAAGUAAGGUGUAGAUAACGCAGGGCAAAUGGUGAGGUUGUAACAUGGGGAGUUGUAAUUUACGUGAUUAAAAGAAUUGAAAGUUUAGGAUGUGUCUACUU